CCGACACGGAAGCGUCGGCGGUCCCGAGGACCUUGUUUUUGACUGAAAAGCCGAAUGUUUUCGUGAUUUUCAGACCGUAACACACGUUUGUCUGUCUGUUAUUUUAUGAGCUCUUCACUCGUUUGAAAUACAGUAUUUAUUUGCUUUAAAAUAACACCAAAAUGUCUUCAGAGGAGUUGGAAAAGCUGCACGAGAUGUUUAAAUCUCUGUAUGACGAAGUGAAGUUGAUGCCUGAACGGGUUCAGAGGUGCCAAGGAGAGGAAAGGAAGAGGAUGGUCAGAGUCUUUGACGAGCGUGUCGGAGAGGCUGAAGAAGUGGUAACUUCAAAUGUCUUUAUUUAUGGCAUGUUUAGAGGAACUAUACACCAGUGGAUCUUGAAUGGAAUAGCACAGCACCUGCAUGUCUCUAAACUUCAGGGCAUGGAACAGGAGCUGUUUGGUGCUCCAGCAUCCUUCCGGACCCCCAUGUCUACAAAGAUUCGAAUGUACCGCAGAGAUUUGGCCAAACUGCAGCGAGACAUAAAGAGCUCAGCUGGAGCUUCAGGGUUCUCCGGUUACCUUGGAGACAGCAAACAAGGAAUUUAUACAGAACAGAAUGACCAGCGUACUCAUCUUCAGUCCCAGCGUGCUUUGCUCAUACAGGGGACAGAGUCUCUCAAUAAUGCCUCAAAGAGCAUUGAGCGAAGUCAACGGAUCGCUGCAGAGACGGACCAGAUUGGCACGGACAUCAUUGAAGAGCUAGGAGAGCAGAGAGAACAAUUGGAUCGCACCAGAGGCAGACUGGUUCACACCGGAGAGAACCUGAGCCGCAGCCGGAAAAUCCUGCGCGCAAUGUCUAGGCGACUGAUGACUAACAAACUGCUACUGGCAGUCAUUAUCAUCAUGGAAGUGGCCAUUCUAGGGGCUGUGGUCUACCUUAAGUUCUUCCGCAAAUAGGCAAUAAGGCUGUAAUAGACUACUCUACAUCUUCUUCUUAUUCCUGAUGUUCACUGGUGUCUGGCCUGGUGACAAUGUGCUGGAAACUUUUGUGAAUCAGUGUCACAUGGACGAGUGUGGGCAUUUAUUUUAAACGUUAAACUAUGUUAGCAUAAAUACUGCUCUCAAUGGUGGGAAUGAAGAUGACCAUUCCAUCUAUGGUACAUUCAGACUGCUGGGGGAUCAAGACCUGAUCUGAAGAGGAGAGGAUGGCUUAACCCCAUUUAGCUGUCUUGAAUAAGGUGCUAAACUGGCCCAAUGUCAAAUGGAUGGUUGGACAGAUGACUGGCAUAAAUGAAGGAUCCAGUGAAAGGAGUGAAAAAGUAUAUAAAUGCAACGUAUAUGCAUUUUUACUCAAACCUCAACCACUUUCACUAAUGAAACAAAGUAAAUUAACUUUUUUAAUGAAAUGUGAUUUUGAAAUUUCAACAGAAUUAUGUUGUGUAUUGGUCUUUUUGUGGUAAACAUGGUAUUAAAGGUAACAGCUCCUGGGUUUUGUCCUUGAAA